AUGUCAGCCGAGGUGCGGCUCAGGCGGCUCCAGCAACUGGUGCUGGACCCCGGAUUCCUGGGGCUGGAGCCCCUGCUAGACCUUCUCCUGGGCGUCCACCAGGAGCUGGGCACCUCCGACCUGGCCCAGGACAAGUAUGUGGCCGACUUCUUGCAGUGGGCGGAGCCCAUCGCGGCGAGGCUUAAGGAAGUCCGACUAGGAAGGGAUGACUUCGAGAUUCUGAAGGUGAUCGGACGCGGGGCGUUCAGCGAGGUAGCGGUGGUGAAGAUGAAGCAGACGGGCCAGGUGUACGCCAUGAAGAUCAUGAAUAAAUGGGACAUGCUGAAGAGAGGCGAGGUAUCGUGUUUUCGGGAGGAAAGGGAUGUGCUGGUGAACGGGGACAGGCGCUGGAUCACGCAGCUUCACUUCGCCUUCCAGGAUGAGAACUACCUGUACCUGGUCAUGGAGUACUACGUGGGCGGGGACCUGCUAACACUGCUGAGCAAGUUUGGGGAGCGGAUCCCGGCGGAGAUGGCUCGCUUCUACCUGGCUGAAAUCGUGAUGGCCAUCGACUCAGUGCACCGGCUGGGCUACGUGCACAGAGACAUCAAACCCGACAACAUCUUGCUGGACCGCUGUGGCCACAUUCGCUUGGCUGACUUUGGCUCCUGCCUCAAACUGCAGGAGGAUGGAACCGUCCGGUCGCUGGUGGCCGUGGGCACCCCGGACUACCUGUCCCCCGAGAUCUUGCAGGCCGUGGGUGGCGGGCCCGGGACAGGCAGCUACGGGCCGGAGUGUGACUGGUGGGCAUUGGGCGUGUUCGCCUAUGAAAUGUUCUACGGACAGACGCCCUUCUAUGCGGAUUCCACAGCAGAGACCUACGGCAAGAUCGUCCACUACAAGGAGCACCUGUCCCUGCCGCUGGCCGACUCAGGGGUCCCCGAGGAGGCCCGAGACCUCAUCCAGCGGCUGCUGUGUCCCAGGGAGACACGGCUGGGCCGGGCUGGGGCGCGGGACUUCAGAGAGCAUCCUUUCUUUUCGGGCGUGGACUGGGAUGGACUCCGCGAUAGCGCGCCCCCCUUUACGCCAGACUUUGAGGGUGCCACCGACACGUGCAAUUUCGACUUGGUGGAGGACGGGCUCACUGCCAUGGUGAGCGGGGGCGGGGAGACACUGUCAGACAUGCCGGAGGGCGCACCGCUGGGGGUUCACCUACCAUUUGUGGGCUACUCCUACUCCUGCAUGGCCCUCAGGGACGUUGAGGGCCCAGGCCCCACACCCAUGGAACUGGAGGCAGAGCCACUGCAGGAGCCACUACCGGAGACACCGGUGCACGCCCCCUGCCUGCAGCCCCCCAACCCUCCACUGGAGGAGGAAACACCAGAGGAGGCAGUCUCGGUGGCCUUCCAGGAGGCGGUGGCGGAGGUGACGCUGCGGGAGCUCCAGGAGGCCCUGGAAGAGGAGGUGGUCUCCCGGCAGACCCUGAGCCGGGAAUUGGAGGCCAUUCGCACAGCCAACCAGAACUUUGCCAGUCAACUCCGCGAGGCCGAGACCCGGAACCGAGACCUGGAGGCGCACGUCCGGCAGCUGCAGGAACGGAUGGAGGAGCUGCAGGCACAGCGAGCUGAAGCUGUCAUGGGGGUCCCCAGUCCCAGGGCCACGGAUCCACCUUCCCAUCUAGAUAGCCCCCCGGCCGUGGCUCUGGGCCAGUGCCCGCUGGUGGGGCCAGGGCCCCUGCAUCGCCGCCACCUGCUGCUCCCUGCCUGGGUCCAUAGGCCUGGCCUAUCGGAGGCGCUUUCCCUGCUCGUGUUCGCCUCUGCUCUGGCUGGUCCCGCAGCCCAGGGCGGCCUUGGGUUGGUGGCCCUCGCAGGCCAUCUCGCACCCAUCAGGCGCCACCCCGGAGCCGCCUUCGCCCCCUGA